GUCACAACCAGUGCAAGGAGAUCCUUCUUUUCAACUCUAUAAAUAAAAGAGGCUCGAUUAGCUUCGUUUGUACCUUUAGUUGCAUUAUUCUCUGAUUUUUGAGACAGGAAAGUCAUUAAAGUGAAGAAAUAGUAUAAACCAGAAAGAUCAUGGUGAAGAAGAUUGAUAAUGGGCAGGAAGAGCAACCAAUUCCUUUACUAACUCCAUAUAAAAUGGGACCUUUCCAGCUUUCUCAUAGAGUUGUUUUGGCACCUCUGACAAGGCAACGAUCAUAUGGAAAUGUACCACAGCCCCAUGCUGCAUUGUACUACUCUCAAAGAACUACCGAAGGCGGUUUCCUGAUAACUGAAGCCACAGGAGUUUCUGACACAGCCCAAGGGUAUCCAGAUACACCUGGUAUCUGGACAAAGGAACAAGUUGAGGCCUGGAAACCCAUUGUUGAUGCGGUCCAUGCCAAAGGCGGUAUAAUCUUUUGCCAGCUUUGGCAUGUGGGAAGAGUUUCUAAUUAUGGUGCUCAGCCUAAUGGACAGGCUCCAAUCUCAUCUACAGAUAAGGAAAUAACUCCCCACCUUCCAACAAGUACUACUGGUUACGAUAUAAAAUUUUCACCUCCUCGAAGGUUGAGGAAAGAAGAGAUUCCUGAUAUUGUCAACAAUUUUAGGCUUGCUGCACUUAAUGCUAUUGAAGCUGGUUUUGAUGGGGUGGAGAUCCAUGGGGCUCAUGGCUAUCUAAUAGAGCAAUUCUUGAAAGACAAAGCGAAUGACAGAACGGACGAAUAUGGAGGUUCUAUAGAGAACAGGUGCAGAUUUGCUCUGGAAAUAGUUGAAGCUAUUUCCAAUGCAAUAGGGCCUCAUAGAGUUGGGAUAAGGCUGUCACCCUUCACAGAUUUCAUGGAUUGUGCUGAUUCAAAUCCAAAAGCUUUAGGCCUUUACAUGGCUGAAGCCUUGAAUAAAUAUGGGAUUCUGUACUUGCACAUGGUUGAGCCUAGAAUCAGGGUCAAUGAAAACUCUAAACGCCAUGAUGAUAGUCUUUUGCCCAUGAGAAAGGCGUUCAAAGGAACUUUCUUGGCUGCUGGUGGUUAUCUAAGGGAAGAUGGCAAUGAAGCUAUAGCAGAAAAUCGGGCCGAUCUCAUUGUUUACGGACGUUGGUUCUUGUCCAAUCCUGAUUUGCCCAAAAGGUUUGAGUUAAAUGCUCCUCUGACCAAGUAUGACAGAGCUACUUUUUAUAUAUCCGAUCCUGUUAUUGGCUACACUGAUUAUCCAUUUCUGGAGACCACGACUGCCUGAUCCUCCAGAGAUGGAUAUACCUAGGAGUUACUAUACAAAUACUAGUGUUUCCAAUCUUCAUAAUCAAGUUGCAGAUGUAUUCUUGGGCUAUUGCUCAGUUGUAAUUUCUACACUACACCCUGUUUAAGUAGAAGAGAAACUCAAAUGUGGAUUCUCCAAUUCGAGUUUCGUCAGUAGUAAUAAAGACUAUGUACGGCAAUUUUGGAUGUUGCAUUGGCUUCAAAUAAUAAAGUUUCCUUGUAAUUUUGCUUUGCAUGCA